AUUAGAGGAACGGUUGUCCGCUGGCCCUCGAGUUCUCAACUUUCAGCGGGGUUUGCGUUUCUAGACUUCCAUUUGUUUUGUUUUUCUGCGACAGUCAACGUUCGCGACGGAGCUGCGGGCUCUCCAUGACCUACCGUCAGCCGCCCUAACCUUCCGGCUUGAGAUGUGCGCUCACCUCCGUAAACGCUAAAGGCGGCCCCUAAUCAUGUUCUCGGCCGGCGCGGCCCUGCUCUUCUCCGCCCUCGUCCAGUACCUGACCACGCCGAACGUCGAGCUGCCAUCGGAGGUAGUUUGCUGGGCCACCCUGCCCGCUGUGAUUCUGCUCGUCCGGCGCUAUGGCAGUGUCAGCAGAGCAACAACGAGCAAGACGCUCCUCGGCACAGCAAGCAGGGCUUCGGGUGCUGUUCCCUCGACCAAGGCAUGGCUGUUUGCCCUCGGCGUUGGGGCCGCGUGCUGGUACAGGGCCGAGGAGCGCAUCAUCGUCCUCUGGCCGGCAUUGACCCCCCUUCUCCUUCUCGCUGGUGUCGGCCCAGUUACCACCUCUAUCAAGACCGGCUUGCGAGUCUUUCCGCCGCCCCUAACCGCUAGAUGGAGUUCCGGUCUCAUUGCCGCCUUUUCCUGUGUAAUACUCGUGGGAUCCAGCGGCAUCAGCCUUCCAUCCCUGGCUGUCUGUGUCGCAGUGGUUGCUCUUCUGUAUGGAGGCUACCUCGCCAUUUCAAGCCCCGCGUCCGCUGUGGAUGGGGAUGCCGAACAUGCUGGCGGCCAGCAGGGACGUGGCGAUGCCCCAGAGAGUAGUCAGGUCGAAGACAUGGCGCUCUCGUUGGGGCUCCGCAUCCUGCCAAUUCUGGCCAUUGCCAUGGGGGUUCGCUUCCUAGUUUCUCAUGAGCUUCAGGUAGCCUUGUUCAGGGUGGUUAUGGUUGCAUCGGUCAAGGCCUUGAGCUGGUUCUUUACUUUGAAGGCGACAAGGGACUCGUCGUGGUGCGUCUCCAGCACCAUAGGUACCUUUGCCAUUACAUCCACCUACAGCUCAGCGCUGGGUGACCGGUCGUCCUACGCGUAUGCCGCAUCGCACCUCGUCGCCUCCCUCCUCUCCCUCGGCCAGACCAUCGACAUGGUCCCAAAGGAGAGCAAGCCAAGAACAAGACUCUGGGCGCUUGGUGUCCUCCCCCUGAUGGCCUUCAUCGUAAACAUGGGCGGCAUCGGCGCGUUGAGAACCUUGUUCCCACCAGAAAAGCAUCCCAUCGAGGUCCUGGCACGCGCUGCCGAGGCAGAUUUUGACGCCAUGCUGGGACGGCAGUCGUUCAACUACAUGGCCGCAGUGCUCGAGUACCAGCGGCGGUACAACCUGGAGCCCCCUUCCGGGUUUGAAGCGUGGUAUGACUUUGCCGUGGCUCACGCGUCUCCCAUCAUCGACGAGUUCGACAUGAUACACCAGGCCAUCGCGCCGUUUCUGAAAAUGAGCGGGCAGGAGGUCAGAGAGGCUAUGGCACAGGCCAUCGGCGCGAAGGAUGGCAAGUUGUGUCACUGUGAAUUCAAGGGGGAGACGGGAGAGACGCGUUGCAACAAUCCACAGAUACAGGGAACCCUCUUGAGGUGGCUAGGGGGUGUGACGGGUAAAAUACCGGAUGUGGAGUUUCUAGUCAACCCACUCGAUGAACCGCGCGUGAUGCUCCCCGAGGCAGAGUCAACUGGCGAGGAACGGGAACGCGUCCGAGUGACCAACCUCUCUCGAAAGCCCGUCUGGGAUGUCCUGACGAGAGGCUGUGCCCCUGAAAGCGGUUCCCUAACCCUAAAGAAGCAGGGCGCGCGCGGUGGGAUUAACACGCACGGCCUGCCGUUUGUAACGGACACGAACGCAGACAAGGACUUGUGCCGGCACCCAGAGUACAGGGACAUGCACGGUAUAGCAAUGAGCCCGACGACGUUCCUGCUUGUGGACGGGGCGGUACCGGUGCUGUCGUCGGGGACGCUGACAACCAUGGCGGACGUGCUGUUCCCGAGCCCUGCUUACGCCGAGGACGGGUUCGUGUAUGACGAAGGGCGAGACAUGGAGUGGGAUCUGAAGGCUAACAACCUCUAUUGGGCUGGGUCCACCACCGGGGGAUGGGCGGCCAACGACGAUGAGUGGAAGAAGUAUCACAGACAUAGGUUCGUGGCGCUGGCGCAGGACCUGGAGCCUGGGAAGACGUACUGGUAUCUCCGUAAACAAGACGGCGUUUUCCACCGCGCUGCCUCGUCCCUUCUCGGCAGGGACCUCUUCGACGUCGGAUUUACCACAAUCCUUCAAUGCCGCGAUGACAUAUGCGACUCUGAAAAACAAUACUUUGACGUGCUGCCCAGAGCGGACAAGGACGCGGCACUGGCAUCCAAGCUGGUAUUCGACCUGGACGGCAACGGCAUCAGCGGGCGGUUCGUAAAACUGUUGUCGUCCAGGUCUGCCGUGCUGAAGCAGACGCUGUUUCGGGAGUGGCACGACGAACGGCUCGCCGCGUGGGUGCACUACAUACCCGUCAGCCAAGACCUCGGCGAAGUGCCGGAGUUGGUGUCUUGGCUGACAGGAACCGAGGAAGGAAGGGCGAGGGCAAAGACCGUGGCCGAACGAGGCAGAGAGUGGGCGGCGAGAGCAAUGAGAGACGAGGAUAGAGCUGUAUAUAUAUACAGGCUAAUGUUGGAGUUGGCGAGAAUACAGGACCCGGAGCGACCAGCCAUGUAAAUGGGGAAGAGCCUUGUCUUUGUGAGAUGUUGACAUGAAAGACAACUGGAACAUAUACGACUGCACGAACCUUUCGCUCAACAUGACCAGGUAAAGGGCUCGGUUGCAAACUGGCCAAUAGGCAUAGAUCAAGAUUAAAAAACAAAGAUAAUACCCGAGUUUCCGCCG